CCCCCCCCUUGCUCCUUUGACCGAUUAUCCACCCAAAGGAUAAUUCGCCACUGCAUCUCUCCGCAUACUUUCCAAAAUCAUGGCCGCUCCUACUCCUUACUGUCCUCAACGUGUCGCCACGCCCACCAUGAAGCAUAAUGCACCUCAGAAGCAACCGAGUCAACUUAGGCGCAAGGCCAAGCUGCCGGCUUGGGCCUCACGCCGAGAGCAACCCGAACCCGAGACAUCAUCACUGUGGGAUUCAGACACAAUCUCCCGAACUCAAUCGCUGGCCUCGGUGGCGACCUCGGCCUCUCUUGACAGUUCGUUCUCCAAUGAUGAUCGUCGCUCUAGUAUCCCGUCCAUGUCGACUUCAUCGUCCUCAUUCAUCAUCACUCCUCUUGCGACACCUGCCAGCUCUCGAGCGCCGUCUCUCAUCCAGAUUGACGAACCUGAUGAUACACCGACCAAGUCAUGGGUGCCAAAUUUCGGCAAAAUGGCAAAGGCCGUUGUUCAUCAUGGCAUGAGCAUCAGCUUUGGAGACAAGAAGUCCCGCAAGAAACCAGAACCUGAAAUCGAGCGCCUUGAAGCUGAGGCUAGGCGGCAACAAUGGGCUCUAGAACAGCAACAACGGGUCCAAGAAUGCGCAAGGUUAUGUUCUCAGUGGCCGCAGAGCGGCUACAACCAGAUGAAAUGGGGACCAUAUGGCUCAAAACAAUACUACGAACCUCAAUCCUACUGCAACCCUCAACACGUCGCCAGUGUCAUGCAGCGUCAAGCAGAGCUUGAACGAAAAAUGUGUCAAGAGUCCGCCUUGUUCUUUUCCUGUCGACCCAGUAAUUUCAGUUCGCCCCAUUCUUCCCCCCGUCUAUCGGCCGACCUUUCCGCCGCCAUGUCUGAAUCCCUCAUUCCUAGCAGCUUGUCCGACUCGCUCAUCAGCAGCACGGACUCACUCACGUCUAAGACCAGCUUGUCGGAUCUCCGCUCUCUCAGUAUGGAAGAUCGACCAGCCUCUGUUUGUGGCUUCAAGCGUCCCCUAGCUGCCUCUUUCGAAGAAGACAAGCGACGUCGAGUGGAUGACAUGGUUGUAGAAGAAAUUGUAAUCAAGUCCGCCUCGACGCCAAAUCUCGGUGAUACUGUAUUCGGUCACGUCGUCAAGACAUCCGAUUCCCACCCGAUUGUUAUUUCCCCCUUUCUUCCUCCCGAGCUCAUCAACAUUAUCUCACACAGCGUCACCACAUCACCCGCCUCUCCAUCCAUCCUCGUCUCAUCGGUUGACGUUCCCUCCCUGCUGCUGUCGUUCAUGCCUUCAGUCCAGCCUAAGGGUCCUGGUAUGCUCCUUGGCAAUCUUCUGCUAAGCUCCUGCCCGGGCAAACGAUUGCGAAUGGAAGGUCCAGUCAAGGGUCGAGGGCCUGUAUGUCGUGACCUAGAGACCGAUCUCCGUCGAAUCAAGAACGAAGGCGUCGGCUGUCUAGUCUGCUGCCUUGACGACUCGGAGCUUGCCCUUCUUGGCGUCCCCUGGGAUACAUAUGCUUCCGUUGCCUCUUCGAUUGGGCUCGACGUCGUUCGACUUCCCAUGCCUGACGGUUUUACACCCGUGUCUUUGUCUCUCUUUGACGCACAAAUCAACCUCAUCGCGGAAAAGUACACGCUCCAAGGUAUCAACGUCUUGGUCCAUUGUCGAGGCGGUGUUGGACGAGCUGGACUGACAGCUUCCGCAUGGGCCAUCAAGAUGGGCUUCGUGACUCCUCAUCCAUCUCUGACCCUUGUUGCUGAAGCUGCUUUCUCAAAACUGUCCGAUGUGAACCCUCAUGCUCCGGGACUUCAUCUCCCAGCUGAGCUCGAACAUCAAAUUUGUAUGUCCAUGGUCGAGCGAGUCAUCGCUAUGAUUCGAUCUCGACGUGGACUCAAGGCUAUUGAAUCGUUUGAACAGGUCCAAUUCCUGGCUGCGUAUGUAAAAUGGUUGAGGGCGGGUAGAUGAAACAUCAAA